GAUGAUUGGUUGUUGGGUUUAGUUUGGUUUGGGAAUCAGUAGGGGUCACAGGAUUGGCUGCAGCUCACUGUGGGGGAAAGUCUUCUUGCUGAGACAUUGGGGGCCCCUGGUGUUGCCCCAGCUGGGAAAGAUACCCCCAGGAACCAAUGGCAUCUCUAGAGACUACAGAAGGCCAACAUGAAGCUUCAUCUGACAGCUUUGUGGAGAUCUCAGAGAUUGAGGGGGUUAAUCAGUUAUCCCAGAGGGCAAUAUGUGAUAAGGGACAAGAGCCACUACAAGAGACUACUGCAUAUGAGAAAACAGAUGUCUUCCAAGAGACCACGUGGAGCUUCAUUGAUGUAUCUGAGACUGCAGAAAGCAAUGAGCCACAUCAGAACACACCAAGGGCAGGAAUGUUGCCUUUCCGGGUACCUAGGGAGCUUAAUGAGGUCACCAGUAGUUUUAUGGUGAUAAAUGAAAAUGGAGAAACUAAAAUUAUGCCACUAGAAACAACAUGUGGAGCAGAAAACGAAACAACUGAAAGGGACAAAAUUGUGUUUAUAGACAACACAAUCAGCUUUGUUGAGCUUUCUGAGAGCGAGGAAAUGAGAGAACCACUUCAAGAAUCCACAAGAGAAGAUGAACUUGAUGCCCCAGAGACAAGAGCGCACAGAGAGUUUUGCCAUUUUCAGUGACUUUAACGACAACAGAAAUCUGAUUGUGGAGGCCAAAUAUGAGGACCCGCUACAGGAGGAUACCAGUGAAGCCUGCAAUGUGGCUUCCCAAGGGCCGACAUCCAGUUUAUAUAAUCAUUCUAAGGAAGGGAAAGAUCAAAUGGAAGGGGCCGUAUUCCAAAGGUCCCAACUUCAGGCCACUGAGGAAGGCACAGGGGUAACCCAUAUGGUUAUGUGCAACUUUGCAGGUAUCUCUACUGAGCCUGAGGCUACAACGGAUCAACUACAAGUCUUAUCAAGUGAAGCACCUCAGCUAGAACAUGAGGCUACCACAGCACAAAGGAGAGAGGUGUCCCAAGAGACUACCUACAGCUUCAUUAAUAUCACUACUGAGAGCAAGAUGCCAGGAGAGCAACUAGAGGUCUUUACAAGUGCAGUACGGCACCCAGAAAAUGACUCCACCAUGAAGGAACCCAAAGGGAAAAACAUAGCUCAACCAAAAAAGGUCACAGUAGAACGGCAUCAGAAGUCUCCAAGUAAGGUCACAAGUGAGGAAGAUGCUGAUCUCUCCCAUGAAAGAACAUGCAACUGUAAUGAUGUUUGUAAGAAUACGGAAUGGAAUAAUCAACCAAAGGAGCCACCAAAACAGAUGGCGGCAGGCCUAAAUGUCAGGUACCAAGAUGAAUAUAGGCCAACCCUAGAGGUCACUGUGGAGGAGAGUGCAGAUAUGUCUAAUAACCAAUACUGCACUGCUGGUACCACUUUCGAGAGCCAGAAAGAGAACAUUCAAUAUGUUACAGGUAACAAGGGGGACAUAAACCAGCAUUCAGAAUGGGAGGCCAUUGCAGUCCUGCCUGGGGCUGUGAAGCUGAAUGUCCGUGAGGGGCCUCGGGAAGAUAAAAAUAAGAAUGGAAUAAAUCAGCCAGACUUGGGCAACCCACAAGAAAAGUCAGAGAAGGAGAAGGAAGAUGACAGUGAUCCACUCUCUGCAUCUGAGGAACCUCAUCCGGGCUCAGUGGAGGGAACCAAUAAAGAGCCAGAGCAGCAUGAAGAGCUGGCCAGACUGACUGUGUGGGGUGAGGUGGAAGGAAAGCUCCAAUACUUGGCUAAGGAGGUGGAACAAAAGGAGCCAAAAGGGAGGAAAGUCCAUGUAACCAUGAGGGAGGGUGCCAAGGUGGCAUCACAAGUCCCACAUGCGGCGCUGGCAGAGAGGGCCCGUGCCUACUGUACAGGUCCUUCGUACCAUGGCUGCUCAGGGAAUGCCCUGCCCCUGGCUCCGGCACAGAGUCUGUGGGCUGUACAGAGAGAUGGAGCAGUCCGGCUGAGAAUGGAGCCUACAGGUGCCGGAUCAGAACCUCCCCUCACAGUGGCACAACUCAUGGCAGAGGCAGUGAGACGGUUUGGGCAGCAGGUGGCGCUGUGUGUGCGGAAGGCUGAGGAGUGGCACAGGGUAACCUACCUACAGUAUGAGCAGCAGUGCCGGGCUGUGUCCAAGGGGUUAAUCAGGGUUGGGUUAAGACGGUUCCAUGGUGUUGUGAUUCUUGGAAAGAAUUCUCCUGAAUGGUUCAUAGCGGAAAUUGGAUCUAUUAUGGCCGGGGGCCUGGCUGUUGUCAUUGACCCCUUAUGUACAGCAUCGUUCCUUCUGGAUGUGGCACAGAACACUGAGGCCCAAGUAAUUCUGCUCCAGGACCACAGGCAGCUGAGAAAGGUCUUACAGGUUCAGAGGAAAUUGCCCCAAGUGAAGGCCAUUGUCCAGUGGGAAGGAGGAAAGGAGUCACCACAUCCCAGACUUUACACAUGGGAGGAGCUUAUUCUUCUUGGUAUGGAGGUUCCAGAUUCCAAGCUUGAUGAUGUCAUUGCCUCUCAGAAGCCCAACCAAUGCUGUUCUGUGUUUUACGCUAAGGACGACCCCAGAGGAGUCAUGUUGAGUCAUGAUAAUCUGACGUGGGUGUCUCAGACCACCUGUAAGCAUCUCAGCCUGGGCAAACAUGAUGUUGUGAUCAGCUAUCUGCCCCUCAACCAAGUGGCUGCCCAGCUGUUUGACCUCUGGAUACCCCUCUGCAGUGGGGGCACCACUUACUUUGCUGAAGCAGAUGCACUGAGGAAAUCUCUCCUCCGAACACUGCGGGAGGUGCGUCCCACGCGGUUUCUUGGGUUCCCUUGUUUUUGGGAGAAGAUUCAAACAAGAUGGAUGACACUGGAGGAGAAGGCUAAGCUCUUCCCUAGAAAGAUUAUGGGCUGGGGUCGGGGUGUGGGACUCACUAACUACCAGAAGGAAGGGGCUGGAGCUGCCCCCUGGGGAUUCUCUCUUGCUCAGAGAUUGGUUUUUCACCCAGCCAGAGUGGCCCUGGGCCUCGAUCGGUGCAGUCUUUGCUAUGUUGGCACAGUACCCAUCACACAAGGGACAAUGGAGUAUUAUGGCAGCCUAGGACUAACGUUACUUAAUGUGUAUGGCAGGAAUGAGAGCAGUGGGGUGCACAGCUUGGCAAUGAAUAAUGCAUGGAGGACAAAAAGUUCUGGCCUAGAAAUACUGGGGUGCAGGACCCAUAUAAAAGAACCCCUAAGACAAGGGGCCACAGGGGAGCUCUGUUUGUGGGGGCGCCAUGUCUUUAUGGGCUACCUGGGCAUGGAGAAGGAGACACAGGCAGCGCUGGAUGGCGAGGGUUGGCUGCUCACUAGUGACCUGGGAACAAGAGACCCCAGUGGAUUCCUGUAUGUCACAGAGUGGGGGGCAGGACCUUAUGAGAGACCAGUGUUGCUUGAGGAACCCCAGCAAAGGUGGAGCAGUGAGGGUCUCUACAUGGAAAUAUAACCUACCCCAAGCCUACCAGCCCUACUGGAAUACUAUCGUGGACAACAUUUGUGGGGGCCCAGAGCUGUGAACAGUUCUCUGCUGGUGAUUUCAGCCCUGCACAUACAGUAGCCAUGGACACAUACUACUGGUGCCUUGAACCCUGGCCUACAAGUAUAGGGUCCUUCAGUCCUGAAGCCUGGUGUUUAAAUAGACAUUCUCUUGCUCAGUCAAGAGGAAGAGAGAUGAGAGCACUUUAUGGGUGAGCUCUUCCCAAAGAUUCUAGAUAUCUUUUAUUCUUACUAACUAAUGAUAAUAAAUGUGUUUUUGUA